AUGUCUGGCUGGGUGACCGCUGUCGCUUUCCUGUCAGUGUUAGGCGGGUGGUCUGUAUUAGGGUUUGCUCCAUUUAACCAUGAAGUCACUCCAAGUUGUGGCGAGAAUGAAAAACUUUGUGAAUUCCACUGGCUCAUCAACUACACAGAGACAAUGGUAUGGUACCAUGACUAUGACGAUGACGGCAACCCAAUCGUCUACAGAAAUGAUUCGUUUUAUAAACGGCUCGAUUGCUCUCUCUAUGAAAAGGCAACGAAUGAAGAUGGUUCCUAUAAGAUUCUGUACUCGGUUAAUGGCAAGUUUCCGGGACCCUCCAUUGUUGUAUAUGAAGGACAGGAGGUGGUAGUUCACGUUAAAAAUGCCCUUCUCAUGGAAGGAGUGACCAUCCAUUGGCAUGGUAUCUACCAAAGGGGCACUCCGUGGAUGGACGGAGUGAGCAUGAUUAGCCAGUGUCCUAUAAGUCCCGGACAAUCAUUUACAUACAGGUUCAUAGCAGAACCAUCCGGAACCCACUGGUAUCACUCUCACCUGGGAGUUCAAAGGACUGACGGCUUGGCAGGAGCACUUAUCGUUCUUCCCAAACUUAAAGAAGCAAAGACAUCGGAUACUGAGGAGCACAUAGAGAAAGAGUUCGUAGUGCUGACACAGGACUGGUUACAUAAAUCCUCGUUAGAGUUAACGGAACAUUUCAUCUGGGACCUCCGCAGGUAUGCAUUCGGGCCCGACGAUCCGCGGUGUUUCUUUGCCUCAGAUAUACUAAAGAGUGACGGAAGCCUGGCUGGUUUCAUGCUGUUUCAGUCCGGAGUCAUUAAUGGAAGAGGGCAUAAUUACCCUGAGUUUGGCGAUACCCCGAUGUACCCCGAUUUACCUUACGAAACCUUUGUGGUCAAGAGUAAUAAAACAUACCGGUUCCGAUUAAUCAACUCUGGUAAUGGGUUUGCACUACAGAUCUCCGUGGACAAGCAUAAGCUAGAGUUGAUAGCGAUAGACGGUCGAGGCGUACGAAGGGUAGAGUUGGACGCUAUCACCACCGUACCAGGGGAGAGAAUAGACUUUCUACUGCGCACGACACAAACCCCUGAUAACUACUGGUUCCGGGUGGAGGCUAAUGGAGCCGGCCAAGUGAAGGGUAUUGUCCGCUACGAAUCUGUAGCAGAAGGAGUGCCUGUCUCCUCAAGGAAGCGAUGUGUUGAGACGGAUCCCUGUACAGACAUCAACUGCAUGGUACAUGAGUACCCACCUACCUACCAUCUAAACUGCACAUCCAUUGGAGAGCUUCAGUUGUCCAGUCAUGAACGUGACGAGCGCGUUGUCCCUAAAUACACGGAGGACGGGACAUUCAAGGAGAUAUUUCUUAGUGUACAUUUCCAAACUGAAACAGAUUUCGCUCACAUAAAUGGAAAGAGUUUUUUAAAGCCAACCAGCGCUUUACAUACUUUCCCUAAUAUGGCUGACGCUGUGGUGAAUUGUAACAGCACUGACCUCCGCUGUUAUAAGGGAGUCUGCUUUUGUACACAAAUCAUCAAAGUUGAUCUCGGUAGUACGGUCCAGUUCGUUAUGGUCAGCCCAGGUCCUUUGGUUGACAUGGUAGAACUUGGGUUGCAGCACCCAAUGCACUUACACGGUCACACAUUCCACGUGCUCAAGGUCGCCUACUCAAAGUAUAAUGCUUCCGGAAUAUCUGUUGGUCUUAACGAGGAUAUCCAUUGUGAUUCUGUGUUUUGUGACAAUGCCUCGUGGUCAAACGACACCUGGGGUGGAGACAACAUUCCUGGUCUGAAUUUGGUGGAUCCCCCAAUAAAGGACUCGGUGUUAGUACCUAGGCACGGCUACACAGUAACCAGGAUGACUGCCAACAACCCGGGUUUCUGGUUCCUACAUUGUCACAUAGAGAUACACCAAAUCACAGGAAUGGCUCUCAUACUCCAAGUCGGAGACGUGGACCAGAUGCCACCAACUCCCAAAAACUUCCCCACGUGUGGUAAUUUCAACUUCCCGCAAGAGGAAUUUGAAGAAUUUAUCAAUGUGGAGACGGGUUUGCCAGAAAACUCUGCCCCAGAGGACAAAUUGCAGCUCAACUCCGGACUAUCAGUUCCUGAUGUUACGGGAAAACAUUUAUCGACCUGUCAACUUCACAAUGCAAUUGAGGUGAUUUGGUUCUCAAACCCUGCGGGAGUGACGAGCGAUAGGCGAGCAGAAGGGAGUAAAACCACCCCGCGAUCCCGCUCGAGUGGCAAAAGGGGUUUCAGGAAUCUUAGGUCAACAUUAGACUCGUUAGUCUGA